UAGCAGUGUGACCAGACUGCCAGAAAUCUCUGCAAUUGGACAAUUUCUUUGUAAAAUUAUAACUUUGAAAGUGUUUUCGUCACUUUACUUCAAUUUAGACAACAAUUGAAGUCAGAUUAUAGGGUUUGCCAGCUACAUCAUCCAUGUGGAGAUCGAAUACCCAGCAGUAAACGCGCUAGAAAUUCAAUUCCCGAGGUGAAAGCAGCAGAAACAUCAUCGUCGAGCAGCGAAACCACCUCAAAAGGGGGAGGCGCCUUUCUGCUGCUGCUGCUACUGCUUGUCCACUUGGGCCACAUAUCAAUGCAAAACAAUGGAAAUCAAUUGAGGCAACACAUUAAUCACAGGCAGUAGUGCGGUCGUGGAGCGAAGGGGGGUGCUCAAGCGGAUUCGUAUACAGAAAACAAAUGUGAAUUUCCAGACCACCAGCCACCCAGGCGAAGUGUAUUGCGAGCGAGCGCAGGCAGUGUGUGUGUAAAUGCGUGCUACGGUCGGUCUUAUGCUGUCUCAUGGUAGCGUGGAGCCAGUUAUGUCACGACCCGACUACGAACAGAAUGCCCUGCAUCACAGCUCUCUGCUGGUGCUGCUGCGUGGUGUGGGACCCUCGCGGGCACGCAUCCUCCAGCGGGCCUUUGAGAAAGUGCGACGUGUCAACAGCAUCAAAGUGAAUGAUUCCAGUGGCAAUACACGCACAAUUUGGGUGCGCUUCAUCCAUGAUCAUCCCGUGGAGCAUAAUGAUUGGGGCGACUUUCAGACACAUCGCCGCCUGCUGGGCCUCGUCACCAUUGGCAAGUUUGACAAUCAACCAGAGCUGAAUGAGCUAUGUCGCCAGCACGAGUCCCUGAAGGUGCGCUAUGGCAGCACUCUCUACGAAUCCCGUGCCAUAUUCUUUGGUCCCGACGAACCCAAUGGCCUGGAGACCAUUGGCGAGGAGAAAUCGACAACACCGCGUCGCCUGCAGGAUGACUAUACGACGCCCUCGAACUUCAAGUCGCAGGCGUUCUUCUAUCGCGAACAGGACUCCUGUGCGGAUCUCGAGUCACGCAUUGGAGACUUUGUCAGCGCUCUGUUUUGGGUGCUCGAGUCGCGGCGCCUGGAGCGUUCGCGGGAGAAGGCGGACAAGGUGAGCCUGCUGCUGGCGCCCUUCGAGAAGCGCGACUUUGUCGGCCUGGACAUGGAGUCGCGAAACAAUCGGAAACGUUGCGUGGGCCGUGUAAUGAAGAAUCUGGCUGACUUGUCGCUGCAAGCGGGCCUCGUCGAUGAUGCACUCAGUCUCUAUCAUAAUGCCAACGAAACGUUGAGAUCUGUGGGCGAUUCCCUGUGGGUGGGGGCCACCGAGGAGGGUCUGUGUGCGGCAUCGGCCAUGCUGUUGUAUCCGCAAAUGCGAGAGAUUGAGACGCUGCAUAGAAACUCGUCGCUGCAGGAGGCGGGCACCUCCCCGCUGAGGCAUACUCCCGAGAAAUGGCGCGCCAGCGAUGCCACCAAAAAGGUCACCACUGCACCCGACACGACGAAUGGGGAGGCAACAGCCCAGCAGCAGCAGCAACAGCAGCAGAGGCUCACCUCGAAUUCAUCUUCCUGCUCAUCGGUAUCUUCCUUGGUGACGACGGCCAACAAUUCCUCGGCCUCGGACACGCCAACCACUUCAUCCACGACCACCUCUUCCACAUCCACAAUAUCGGCAGCGCCGCUGGGCGGCAACCAACGCAACGGAGAGCUGCCCGGCAACAUACUCAAGGCGGAGGAGAUCACCAACUACUAUCGCAAGGCCAUCAUCAACUACAGCAAGUACCGGCAUGCGGCCACCAUUGAAACGGAGGCGGCACUGAAGGCCUCUCGCAUCUGCAUCGAACAGAAUCGACCGCUGGACGUGGCCAUGUUCCUGCAGAACAUUCUCUACAUCAAUCUGAGCAUGAGCGAGCCGGAGCGCGUCAAGCGAUUCGAGAUCAUUACGGAUCUGUAUCAGCAGAUUGGAUACCAGCGGAAGGCGGCCUUCUUUCAACGGCUGGCGGCGCUGAAGCAUGUCCAGCAGGGCAGCCAGGCGCCGGAUUGGAAUCAAAGCUAUCGCUUGAUGCUGGGCAGCUUUACGGGCUAUUUGCUGUGCCUGGAUCCGCUGGAAGUGGUGGAGAAUGCUGCCGGCUGGCCGGCACUGCAGAUUGAUUUGGUUCAGAGUCUGAUCACGGCUGCCCGACGAUUGGGACACUCGGCCCUGGCCACGCGCCAUAUGACGUUCCUGCUGCAGACCCAAUGGGACAAUAUGUCGCCUACAGAACAAAGCGAAAUGGCUAUACAAUUGCAGAAUCUAAGCGCCCAGUGUGAGGGCUCGCCUGUGCCGCUGGUGCUGGAGAAUGGCACUGUGAUACCGCCCGCCAAUUUGACAGAUUUGCCGUACUGCCUGGACUUUCAGGUCAAGGAUCUGCCGCCCCAUUUGCGGCCGCAGCGUAUCAAGGUAGCCAAGGCGGACAGCGGACCGUUUCUGUUCACGCCCAUACACUUUAAUUCCGUGGAUAGAAGGGACAAGAAGAAGGAUAAGAAUAAAAUAGCUUUCUCGUGGGUUCAGAACGAUCUGAGCGAGGUCUGUGUGCGUUUGAGGAAUCCCCUGCCAUUCGAGCUGACCGUCACCGAUAUGCGACUGCUGACGAAUGGCGUUGUGUUCGAGUCGCUGCCCCAGACCAUUGUCCUGCAGCCGCAUGUGCCCACCUAUGUGCCGUUGCAUGGCACGCCCAUUGAGACGGGGCAGCUGGAUCUUCAGGGUUACAGUACGCACACGCUGGGCGUCAAGUCCAAUUGCCGCCUGAAGCAUAUGCGCGGGCGCAGCUUUCCGCCCAACUAUCUGGUGGAGGUGAUACCGGCCCUGCCGCGAAUAGCUGUGAAAACUUCGCUGCCACAGACGGCCACAUUUAGCAACAUGAAUAGUGCGGAUAUUGUCGUCACCUCGGCCAGCCUCACGCUGUACAAUGGGGAAUCCUCCAGCUGCACCAUUACCAUUACCAAUGAGAGCGCCACCCUGCCGCUGGAACAUCUGGAGGUGAACAUUAAUUCCAAUGUAGAGCAGGAGCUGCAAAAGAAGAUCUUUCGCAUAGAUGAAGAGGCUUUGCUGGCCAAGCUGCCUGUUCCGCCACAGGGUACCAUUGAUUUUGUGGUGGAAGUGUAUGCCGAAGCGGAUUUCGUUUGCCCACAGCCACCUCCGUCAUCGGUGGGGGGGCAUUUCAGUGCACCAGCGGCUGGUGAUUACUCCCUGAUGUCCGCCUCGGGGCACGCCAGUCUGCCCUCGAGAGUGGGCUCACCGCAGCAUCGCCGCCACGAGCCGCAAACCUCCAGCUUCCGCUCAACCAUGUCCGGUGGGCAGCCCUCGCUGGCGGCAUUGAGCCUGCAGCCAGGUCCCUCCAGCCUUGGUUCGCAGUAUUCGCAGCACAUUGAGGCGCAGGUACGCUUGAAAUACUCCGGAGGAGAGGCACUGACGGCUGGGUAUUGCCGCCAAUGUGCGGUGUCCUUUAAUCUGGAGCUGCUGCCCAGUGCACAAAUUACCAGCUGGGAUGUCCUGCCAGCCGAAAUAGCUUCCCAGUUCUAUCUGGUGCUGGACAUUUCCAAUCUAACCGCUCAGGAGAUGUCGCUCAAUUACACAGACAACAAGAAUAUACUCAUCGAGGCCAAAGAGAGCUGCCGUGUGCCCAUACCAGUGGAUCGUUGCUCCCUGGAGCAAGUGUGUGCGGCACGGGCAGCCGAGGUUGCGGAGAAUCUAGAGAGAGAACUCUGUUUUCGCACGCAGCUGCUGUCGUUUAAUGAUGCUCUGAGCAAACUCUGCUCGGAGCAUAUAGCCGAGCGGGUGAAAAUCAAUUGGCUGCUGACUGGAACCGAUAUCCAGGGCAUUGCCUCCCUGCGUGGCAUAGUCCUAACGCAGUCCAUGGUGGAUCUCACUGCUGUAUCGCCCCUGCUGUGGUCUAUUAGCUUUCAGGAUACGCCUGUGCAGCCGCACAGCGAACUUGUGUGUACGGUGGGUCAGCGUGCGCUGCUUAGCAUACAGCUGACCAAUGAUUCGAUGCAGCCGCUCAAGAAUCUGGUGUUGAGCAUCAAGUUCUAUCAGGAUUAUUUAAAUGGAAUGGAGAAUUACAAUCUGGAGACACGCGUGGCCUUCUCGGGGCCAAAUCGAAUUGCCAUUCCCAUUCUGGAGAAACAGGAGCAGAGGCAGCACACUUGCUCUGUGAUAUUCUUUACGCCUGGACGCUUCAAGGCGGGCAUUGAGUGCACCACCAAUCCGCAACAGCAACAGCCGACGUCAGCACGUUCCUGUCCGAGUGCCACAAAUAUUGUUGGAGGUCAAUUAGAUAUGUUCUCGUCCAGCUAUGAUGAGCAGCAGGCGCAUGUUUGGAAAUUUAUACCGCCCAUUGAGGUGACCGUUGUUGAGCAGUGAAAAUCGGACUUGUUAAUGUCUCUAGUUUAAUUUCGUUAUUACAUACACAUGUGUAUUUAUGUGCGUGUGUCUCUUGUGUGUAUAUGUAAUGGCUAUAUACCCCCACAUAUAGUUGGAUUCGCGCUCUGUUAUACCCCUAGGCUUGUGGUAAUAUCAAAAGCAAUUAAAUCGAGUAAUAAAUACGCAUAAAUUGUAUAUAAUUAAGCUCAAAACAUACAAAAACAAAACAAAAAAACAAAAAACGUAUAUAUACCACAACUAAAUGCUUGAUAGAGAAAAUGGCCAUAAUAUAAAAUCAUAUAGUCCAUAUAUCCUAUAUAUAUAUCCAGAGUUAUACAGCUUUAGGCUUGUAAAGUGGUGUAUUUAUAUAUAUAUAGAUAGCAAAUGUUUCGCGCACUAAAAACAAAAAGCCACUCCAAGCAUUAUACAUUUUGAUAACAAAUUCGUAUUUACAAAUAUUUUUAUACAAAAAAAGCAAAUGCAAAUGCAAGGGAAAAAAACUACUGCAAAAAUCAAUUGACACGGGGGGCAAUACAGACAUGGAAAUAAGAUUAAGAAUUGUUGCUACCUUCUCGAAGGAUCUAAGAUAAUUUAUGCCAAUGAAUGUGUGAAUAAUUUGUAGUGUGUAAAGUAAAUGCAAUAAAACUGUAUUUGACAAAACAUAGUACAACAAAAAUAAAAACAAAUACGAGUAUAUAAACCCCUAUCC